UUGUGGAAAGUUCUUUCCAUAAUGCUGAUUAGGUUCCAUAAGACAUGGACUUUUAGCGAAUCUGUUUUACGAUUUGCAGAGCAAAAGAAGCAAAAUGUUUCAGAAAUCAGAAUUGGUCUGGACGAGGCAGAGUCUUUGAUCCGGAAAAUGGACCUAGAGGCAAGAAGUUUGCAGCCAAAUAUAAAAGUUGUACUACUAGCAACACUCAAGGAAUACAAAUAUGAUCUGAACAAUUUGAAAAGUAAAGUAAAAGAAAUUACUUCAAACAACUCUAACCAAGCUGCAAGUGCAAGAGAUGAGUUACUCGAAACUGGAAUGGUUGAUGACCACUUGAAUCAGGUUUCAGAUGAUCAGAGGGCAAGGCUUUUGGUAUCUAGCGAGAAAUUAAGCAAGACUGGUGACAGGAUUAGACAAGGUCAGAAGACCAUGCUGGAGACGGAGGAGCAAGGCAUUUCUAUCCUUCAAAAUCUACAUCAACAACGACAACCGCUCUUGCAGGCUCAUGAUACACUUCAUGGAGUGAACCAUAACAUAAGUGGGAGUAAGAGAAUUCUAGGAAAUAUUUCGAGAAGGAUGAACAGGAACAAGUGGAUUAUUAGCACCAUAAUCGCUGUCCUUGUUAUUGUGAUUUCCCUGGUAUUGUAUUUCAAACUUUCUUAGUUGCCCAGGUUUUAUGUCUUGUCUCUACUCAUGUGUGUUUUUGUUGAUCUUGGAG